AUGGGGCUCGUCCACGGUCUGGAGGACAGGCUGCUGAACGCCAGCUUCGAGGACUCCAGCCUCAUCGUGCAGACGCACACCAUCCAGUCGCUGGCCUUCAAGCUGGGCUGCGACUUCGCCGGCCUGUCGGUGGACAGUGAUGCUCUGGAUCGCGUCCCCCAGACCUGGGCCAGGCAUGCCAUGCAGUUUCCCACGGAGCUGACGAGGAAGGCCUGCCGGACACGCCGGCGGGAGCUGCGUCUCAUCUGCGUGUACUUCUUCACCUCCAGGUUAUUCCAGCAAGACAACUCUUCUCUGCUCAAUGACUACGUCCUGGGGGCCCAGCUGGAGCGCGAACACGUGGACAACCUCACGGAGCCGGUCAACAUCAGCUUCUGGCACAACCAAAGCCUGGAAGGCUACAACGUGACCUGUGUCUUCUGGAAGGAGGGAGCCAGCGAGCGCCACUGGGGGCUCUGGAGCCCCGAAGGCUGUCGCACAGAGCAGCCCUCGCCUUCCCAGGUGCUCUGUCGCUGCAACCACCUCACCUACUUCGCCGUUCUCAUGCAGUUCUCCCCGGCCCCGCUGCCGGCGGAGUUGCUGGCGCCUCUCACGUACAUUUCCCUCGUGGGCUGCAGCAUUUCCGUCGUGGCUUCCCUGCUCAGCCUCCUGCUGCACUUCCACGCCAGGAAGCAGAGUAACUCCAGCACACGCAUCCACAUGCACCUGCACGCGUCCGUGCUGCUCCUGAACGUGGCCUUCCUGCUGAGCCCCGCGCUGGCCGCGCCCUCCGUGCCUGGGGCGGCGUGCGUGGCCCUGGGCGCCGUCCUGCACUUCGCGCUGCUCAGCUGCCUCACCUGGAUGGCCAUCGAGGGCUACAACCUCUACCUGCUCCUGGGGCGCGUCUACAACAUCUACAUCCGCAGAUACGUGCUCAAGCUCUGCGCCGUGGGCUGGGGGGUCCCUGCCUCCCUGGUGCUGCUGCUCCUGGCCAUCAACAGCUCCGCGUACGGCCGCCACGUGAUCCCGCUCUCCCACGGCCCGGGGACCGGCGCGGGCGUCCAGAACACGUCCAUGUGCUGGGUGCGGAGCCCCUGGGCGCACCGUGUCCUGGUCGUGGGCUACGGGGCCCUCACCACCCUCUUCAACCUGGCGGUGCUGGCCUGGGCGCUGUGGACGCUGCGCAGGCUGAGGGCGCGGGGAGAGGUGCCCGGCAGGCCUGCCUGCAGGGACACGCUUACCGUGCUGGGCCUCACUGUGCUGCUGGGCACCACCUGGGCCCUGGCCUUCCUCUCCUUCGGCGUCUUCCUGCUGCCGCAGCUCUUCCUCUUCACCAUCUUCAACUCGCUCUACGGCUUCUUCCUGUUCCUGUGGUUCUGCUCCCAGCGGUGCCGCGCCGAGGCUGAGGCGGAGGCCGAGAAGGAGGCGUUCAGCACCUCCCUGAUGAUGCACUAGCCUGCCCCCCGGGCCGGAACCCCAGCCUCUCCGGUGCCUGCACCCCGAGGCCCCGGCGUCCGCCAGAGAGGGUGGUGGCCCGCCACCGGACACCAGAGCCCUGUGCCCUGCAGGAGGCUUUCCCGGCCCAGAGUGCCCGCCGCAUUCUACCCUGCGGUGGGUCCGACCCCAGGGGGGGCAGCCAGCUCUACCCGGUGCCUGGAGCCUGGUGCCUGGCGCCUGGAGCCUGGUGCCUGGCUUGUGGACAGAGCUCUGGCCUGGGAGCCAGGAGGCCCCCUUCCGAGGCCUGGCUCGGAGUCUGACUGUGUGACGCUGGGCCUGCCAUUCCUCACGGACCCUGGGUGUCCAUGUCUGACAUGAGGCAGGUGGCUCUGGCCCUGCCUAGACUGAGAGCCUCGUGAAGCCUGGACAAGGCCGGGAGGAGGGGGGUCACCGUGGGCCCCCCGUGAUCUGCAUCUGCCGGCUGCUGGGCCUGCCUCCUCCCUCCGGCCACAUCCCGGCCCGGGGCCCAGGCCUCAGAGACCCAUGCGCUGUCGGAGACCUCGCCAGCCUGUGCACAGGCCUCUUUCCCUUUAAUUUGACCCCCAGCUCCAUGGCCACAGCUCUCAGAGCCCAGGAAGCCCCGUCCUUCCCAGAGGCCCCUCCUCCCUCCAGGGCUCCCAGGUCUCCAAGGCCCUUUGGACCAGCGGCCGGGCCGUGGGGCUGCGGGGACAGGAGGGGAAUGCCUCUUUGCCCUGCGCCUGAGCCGGCUGGGCCUCAGGGGCCGGCUGUCGGGCGGCCGGGUAGAAUUGGAUGUCCCUUGCUGGGGGUGAGGAUGUGGAUUCUAAAUCCACGGUCAGGCCCCUGGAGCAGAGAAUCACCGCGGCCCUUGACCUAUCUGUUCAACCCUACCUGAGGGAAACGGAUGGAGCCGGAGCCUUUCCAAGACUGCACACCAGGGGGCGCUGUGGACAUGCGCUCGGAGGCUAUUGGCCCCAGAACCGCUUCUGGAAAUGCUGGGAACAGGACCCACCCGAAAGAAGGGUUCUGCCUCCAGGACUGCGCCUGCUGAGUGACCAGGAGGAGGGCUGCCAGCACGUUCACAGCCAUUUCCCUCUUUACCAACCCAGCUGCCCGCUCUGGCUCUCGGGCUCUCAGGGCCCAGCUCGGGGCCACGGGACAGAUUUUAAUGACUUUGAAGGGCACAGGGAAGGGAUGGGAGCUGGGUCCCUAUGGCCGUGCCCUCUGUUCAUUCCUCGGUGCGCAUAGCCCCUCCCGAGGUGGUAAGUGGCUCUGGAGCCAGACAGGCGGGGCUCAGAGGCCAGCUCCGCCACAAGCCACCCAACCUCCUCGUGCCUCAGUUUCCCCACCUGUGCACCUAGGGGCAACAGGAGGACUGCUUUUGGAGGUUACACGAGAUGAUCCGUGUAAAGAGGCUCAGCACAGAGGGAGAGCUCAAUAA